GCAAGGAAUUGUGUACAUCAAGCAUGAUUGUCUUCUGAGCUGCUGUGGACUGGGAGGACUCGUUGACGCCCGAGUGAGGGCUCCACGCUAUCGCUUACAAUGCAUUAGCCUUAUAAGUCUCCAAGGUCAUAAUGGAUAGACCCGAUGUGCCAGCAGCCCUGUCCUGUGUGGGCAGCUAAACUCGUAACUACCAAACUCGGAACUUGCCCCAGAUGAAAAACCAGGGGCUCCGGUGGCGAAAAAGGUCGCCAUCGGCACCUGAGGAACACGGCGAAUUCAGCUGGCCUGAGAAUAAGCCAAGUCGCAGAAACCCUGCGGCUGGCCAAAGCCUCACACUCCGGCAGCUUCGUGAUGCCGUGGCAUUGGCGCUUCAUGCAGCGGUGCACCCCGAGGCACUCGUGCUGUCGCGGGAAUAUAAACAGUACCUUACAUCGCGCAUGGAAUGGAAGACUCUGGGUUGGCAGGCAUUCCGCGUGGUGGCCGAAGGCUCGUACCUUCUGGCGCACGGGCUCACUUUCGACAACCUGGUCAUGCAGGUGUUCAUGCUGGGGCAUCUCACCUGCGUGCUGGUACACGUCUCCAAUCGCGCAUUCUGGGUGCGCUGGCGCGAGGAGAUGUGCAUGGGCAUGAAUAUCAUGUACUCCACGGUGUCAAUCCUCAAGCUGUUCAACGUGGUGCCACGGCUGCUAAAUGAGGACAACUUCCUCAUGAAGUACCUGGUGCUGUACCUGGCGGACGCAUACUUCUGCCAGGUGCCGGUCCACAAGUUCUAUAAGUUGCAGUUCGCGGACGCGUCGCUGCGCUGGUUCUGGUGGCGGCUGUACAAUGUGAUGCCAGGCAUGCCGUACGUGGUCCUAAUCGUCACCUCGCUAGCGUGGCAGGCCUUCCUGCUCACCUUCUCCGCGUCGUUGCAGGCGGGGCACGUGGCUGACUUUAAGCGGCUGCAUGGCGCCACGGCCAGCGCCGGCUCGGGCGCAGGUGGCUCCACCGUCAGCGGUCCCUCGGCGGCCAAACCCGUGUCCACAGCCACGGCAACGACGGCGCUGCCCGCCUCGGCCUUGCCUGCGGCUGAGCUGCCGUCGUCGCGCUCGUGCGGCCCGCCUGCCGGCAGCGCUCACGGCGAGUCUGCGAGCCCGGCACGCGCGACGACACGGGCACUGGCACCCCAGGCCCAGGAGCCCGGCCUCAGCGGCCUGGCGCGGGCGCACGAGGCACGGGCGCCGCUGGCGCAGCUCGCCGACAGCGGCGCGCACCAGGCCUUUGCCGCCGCGCUCCUCGGCAGCGGCGUAAGCAGCAGCGGGCUGUCGUCGUCGCUGGUCGCCAGUGACUACAUGGCGGCGCUCAGCUCGGUGGGCAGCGGACCGUCGGGCUACCUGCUCAGCCACGAGCCGCGCUGGAGCCAGCUGGUGGCGGCCGCGCUGCGCAGCGGCAACCUGGGCUUUGUCACGGUCCCUGUGUCCAGCAGCCGCACCAGCACCGUGCAGCUGUACCUCACAGCCGCAGACCCCUGCCACCUGCCGGCUCGCUGGGUGGAGCGUGCCUCCGCCUUCAUCAGCCGCGGGGCUCCGGGCUGGCACCUGGUGUCAGCCUCCUGCCGACAAGGCUCCCUGGUGGUGCACCUGGACCUUGUAGGCAUCACGCCGCUGGAGCCGCACACCCCCGCGCAAGUGUCAGCUCACCCGCACCCGACAUCACCACCGCACUUGCACGCAAAUACUCGGCGGCGGCGGCAGCCGCUCGACCUUCAUGUCCAGAGCGCCGCCGAGCCCCGUGAGGCCAGCCGCUUUGUCCAACAACAACCCGGGGUGCCGCCGUUCCCCUCGGCGCCGCGGAACUCCACGGGACCAGCGCCGGUCUGCAGCUCACGGCUGCGUCAGCAACCCCAGCAGCCGCUUCAGCAGCCGCAGCAAGCGCCAGGUGUGGGGUUGGGCGUGUCGGGGCUACCUCCCGGCAGCCGCGAGGCGCUGGAGGCGUAUCUGGAGCACUUGGACCCCUCAGGCGUGAUGGACCUGUUGGGGCUGGAGGGGAUGCCUGAGCCGCAGUUAGGUGACGUGAUCGCCAUCCAGAGCGAGGGCCUGAACGCGGGCGGUGGCGGCGGCCGUGGCGGCGACGGGGACGGGCACAGCCCGCGCACCUGCAGCAGCAGCUCCUGCGGUAGCAGCACCAGACCGGCGGAGGGUGUGCAGGGCAGCGGCAGCCCAGGCUGCGUGCGCAUCUUUCGGGUGGUUGAGCCGCGGCCGCUGCGCAAUUGCGCCUCGCUGCUGCGGCAGGCAGAGGUGGACCGGCACAAGCAGCAGUCAGGAUCCAGCUCGCGGGAGCACGUCACCGCACGGGUUGCCGCCAGCAGCACCCACCACUCGAGCCAUACGAAUGCGCACGCUGCCGAGGCCGCCGACGCAGCCGCUGCGCAACUUGGCGGCGCCGGCAUUUACACUGGCUGCAACAUCGCCAUGGACGGCGAGCUCUGCUGCGCAGCUGAUGACGACCACUUGGCUGGGCUGCGCACGCCAGAGCUGCCGGCGCGCGGGCGGCGCUGGCAGAAGCUACGGCUGCAGCCCGCGUCAGAGGCCUGGGGCGACGCCUUCGGUUCGCUGGGCGGCGCACCCCAGCCCAACAACGCCGCCCGCAGCCACAACGCCAGGCAGGCCUUGGACGACGCGAUCGCGCUGCUCGAGAUGGGCGACAUCAAGGGCAUAGACUGGCAGGAGCUGGAGGCGGCGACCAGCGACGGCCACGCACUGGCGGAGCUGCUCGGCACGGGGUGCGCCAGCAUGGGCGGCCACGCCGCCGCGCCGCGCGUGCCGCCGAUGGAGACGGACGCCGGCGCAGCCAGCGGCCGCCUGCGCGGCGUGCACCCACACGCCUUCGGCGAGAAGUUGCUCCCCUUGGGGGUGUUGGACUCGCUGCUCGCUGGGCCGCUGGUGCAGCACUCAGCCGCCGGCAGCGCCCGCGUGCCGGCCGCAGCGACGGGCGACGUCAAAGGGGCCGUGGGCGGAGCGGACGCCGUUGCCGCAGCGGCGCCGUGGCGGCACGUGUCGCCGCAUGACAUAUCGCUGGACCGGCGGGUGGUGGUGCUGGCGUCGCGUGGCUCUGACAGCUCAGCGCAGGCGCAGGCCACGCCGGGAGCCUGCCUGCAGGUCAGCUUCACGUGCCCAGCAGGCGCCGUGCCUGGGAUCAAGGUGGUUCUGCGCCACAUCUCGCCAUCGUCGUUUGUGACCGGCCUGCACUGCGCCAAGCAAGCCGAGGAGGUGUCGCGCACCCUGGAGCCCAACACACUGCAGGCCGGCGGCUACGACACGCCUGACACCGCCCCCCAGCGCUUCACCAUCCGGGUCGCCAUCUCCUCCUCCCUCCGGGCCGCUCCCUCUUCAGGUGCUCCCUCCACCCAUGCACCAAGCCGGCAGCAGGCCGCCGCGGCCGACGAGGGCCCGGGUUUGCUGCAUGUGGAGCUGUGGCACCAGCGCCGCCGCUUGUCCUCGCACCCGGUGCUGCUGCUGGCCGACACAGCUGCCGAAGCCGCUGCACUUGGAAAGGCGCCACCGACCACUGUGGCGGUAGCUGUGGAGAGCAACGAGGCGGAGCCGCAGGCGUGCGGCGUGGUGGCCUGGGAUGCGGAGGUUGAGGGCUACGUGCACAGGCUGCUGCGCGAGGGCCAUAAGGCAGUGGCAAACCAGCUGGUAGAGGACCUGGGCACAUGGCUGGCGCAGGUGGCGGCAAUUGAGCGCGGGCUCUUGGACGACCCAGCCGCCGCCGUGGCGGCCACUCAGCGCAUUGCGCAGGUCAUGCACGUGCACCAUUUCCAAGGUGGCCAUGUGGCAGCAGACCUGCUGGCGGCCGCGUGGGUGCCGCAGAGCGCCGCGCAGCAGGCGCCGCCCGCGGCCGCGCCGUCUGGUACGCCGGGCACAGCUGAGGAGGCGGGCGCACAGUCGCACAGCGGCAGCGCCGCGGCCGCAGGCAGGACGCAUGCAGGCGCGGCAAGGGCGGUGGUGAACGUGCCGGCUGUGAACACACCGAUCGGCGUGCCGGACGCGCUGCUGCAGUUGCUGAUUUGCCAGGGCAGUAUGCUGCUGGCGAUGGUGGUGGAGGCGGGCGCGCCGCGGCUGGCAGCUCACCUGAAGGGCCUGCUUUGCGGUCCAUUGGCGGCCCCGUUGCGGCGUGUACUGGAUAUGGCGACGGCGCCGCGGACGAGCCUGCCUCUGCUGCAUGCCGCCAUCAAGAGCGGCAAUCUUAACAUGAUUGCGCAAGUCGUCGGGUGGCACACGGAGGCAGGCACGCUGCCCUAUGAGGUUUGGACGGCCGAGGUGCUUGUGCACGCGGCCAGCCUCGUGCCCAACGCUUCUGGGGCGCCGAUGAAGGCUGGUGUGGUGGACGGGGUCCCUGCAGCGGCGGCUGCGCCCGGAAGGGACGAUGACGACGGCGGCGAUGAGUUCUUAGCGAUGUUGCUCUCGGCUCAAGGGCCGGUUGGCCUUGGAAAGCCUUUGAGGCCGCCGGCCUGGAGCCCUGCACCCAGCAACAGCCCCGGCGGUUGCGCGGUGCAAGUGGCACGCAUGGAGACGCCGGGCGAGCAUCGCGCCGCCACUUCCGAUACUGCCGUCAGCCACGUCCGCUGUGGCACAGGCGCAGGCGCGUCCCCCAGGGAUGGUGUCCAGAGCCCCGCUCACCCGGAUGCGGCUCAGGCGCACGAAGCACCGGGAGCCGGGGGUAAAUCCGCUGGUGGGGCCGCCGUCCGCGACCCGGCAGCAGCGCCACUGCGUGCGCUCGCAUUUGGCGGCGGCCGUGACCGCGAGGGCUCGACCCGGGUGGUGCACGUGCAGCGUCAGGCGCGCUGGGAGGCAGACGCCAGCGAGUACGCCUCCGGCUCGCGCGCUGCUGCCUCACAGGCCGCCACAGCGCUACUCUUUGGCACACACAUCUCCCGGUCCUGUGCAGAUGGCGCCGCGUCCGCGGCGUCUCCUGCCUCUUUAAGCUGUGGUGGUGCAGCCACCGCGCCGGCGCCGGCUGAGACCCCUGAGGCGCACGCCAUGUCCUCCGGGGGCGGGCAUCCAGGCGUGUGCGCCGCUGUUGCGCCGCUGGUGCUGCUGGACGGGGACCUGCUGCUCGUGACGCCGCUUCACAUGGCCCUGGCGCUGCCAGACGGCGGGCGGCUGCUGGCGCACAUCCUGGAGUCCUACCCGGAGGCGAAGGGGAUCUGGGACGCAAGUGCUCACGCUGCCCGGCCGGCUUCGGGCAGCAGCGUCCUCAACUCCCUCCGCAGCAGCCUCAGUUAUGACGGUGAUCAGGCGUUGCGACUGCCUGGACUGCAGGUGCAGGGCCCAAACCUCGCCGUUGGAAGCCCCAGGCUCAGUCCACACGGCGUCGAUGCGGCGACUGAGGCGGCAGCCGCAGCGACGGAGAUGGAGACGGCUCAGACCACAGCUUCAUUCGCCACCAUCAGCGACUGCGGUACCCUGACAGACGCUGCUACUGCCACGGCGCGGACGUCCGCCGCAUGCGACGGCAGCUGCUACAGCCGUGCCACUAGCCGGCCCUCGGCACAGAUGCGGCCGGUCAGCGGUGGCAUGGGCGCCACCGCUUCAGGCUACCUCCUCCCCAGCGACCCCCGGCUGAGCAGCGGCACGCGCUCGCGGCGGCCUGGUGCAGCUGGUAUGCUUGGAGGUGACGGGCGUUAGGCUAGGACCACAUGUCAUAGCGGCGCGAAGGGCGCGGGCGCAGCGACUGCAAGCGGGCGUGGGGCAGCUGGAGUGGACAGCAGAGCGCUGAUGAUGCCAGGGAGGCCGAACUCCAGGACAGGGUAUCUGGCGCUACGGAUAGUUUUGCCAGGCCGCAAAGCUACCGUGGCUGGGAUCGACGGGGACACAAGCGCAGGAGGGGUACGGAGGCAUUAAGGAGGCUGCGCCAUCUCUGCAGACUGUUGUGCUCGUGCUGCUACCAGUAAAGAAUACUCAGAGUUUUGCGUAGCUGGCAUAGUCCACCUUUACAAGUCAUUGAUCAAUUUUGCCACGGCUGCAUUUGCGCAGCCCUGAGCUACGAAUCCGAACUCCAGGAGAACAAAAAAUAUGGCUGCCAAGGCCCCAGCUUUACCAUGCAUCGGUUGCACUUAUAUACAUGGCAGGAGAUGGUCCCACAAAUAAUGGCUUCGGCGGGGAGAUCACGCUGUAAAGCGUGUCUGUGCAUGUCACUGUGUUGCGUUGUUUGGCGUGUGACAUACACAUGGAAUUGAUGGGAUGUCUUGUGGGGUUGCCAAAGCGCGGCAGGCAUCUAUAUCCGCCGGCAGAAGUGCUGACAUGAGAGCAUAUUGCGUUGUCUGCCACAGCAAUUUGCAAAGCAAGUUGCAUCAACUCUCGACCCAUUUGGCGCAGUUGAGCCCCCGAUUGAGCAUGCUCUCUGUUGGUGCCACUGUGCCCCAGAUUGAGCGUGCUCUCUGUUGGCGCCUGGGAAUGCAUGUGCUACCUUAGGUGUUGGGGAUGUGGGUAGUAACACUGCGCGACACCAUUUUGCCAGUUCUAAUGCCGACCGGGCAUGUAUGGGCCUCGGCCGGCGGCCGGCGGCGAUAUGUCGACGUGAGAGUGAAUGAUGGAGGGCAUGGUACGAGGGCAUGUUGUGGAUUCAGCCUGACAUUCAUGGGGGCCCUGGUCAGCUGACGAUUUUGGACAAGGUUUGUUAAUCUUCUUCUUGGGAGGACAGAGGGUCGCGUCUUGCACGUAUGUUAGUGUGCAGUGCAGCCGCAGGCCGUAGGUGCGUACGUAUUUGCGGGUCGUGCGAGGCUGCCAUUGGCGUUCGUAAAUGCGGAGUCGCGGAGAUCCUGGGCACCGUAUGUCGAUAAGGAGCUGGUGACCGGAGCGUGUGGUCGGGCCCUGCGUAGCGGCGUAGGGCUUUUUUGCACCUGCCGCAGGGGAAGAAGGGGCGCAGGACAUGGAGAGGCGACGCCGGCACCCAGGCCCCAUGGACCUGCUUCGCUAUAUGUAAUUGCACAGCCGG